AUGUUUACAAGAUCUUCACCGAAGCAAACAGAUUCUUCUCCUCCGAUAAGAAAUGCAAAAUUUAUGAACGGUUCUGCUCCUAUAAAUAAAAGUUUAGUAGAUAGUAGUGUAAAUAGUUCAAUGUCGGCUAAUCAGAAGAAUAAAAGCCAAAAGCUGCCUACAGUUAAGAGUCUGGCGAAGAAAAACUUAACAGAUAUGAAAAAUAGGGUUUACACUCCUAGUGAGAUUGCUAAUUUUCCUCCUACUAGCCCUAAUAAAUUUGCUAAUAAUUUGGUAGAUAGUGAAAAUCCAAAUUUAAAUACGGUAGUUAAUAAUUUGGACUCAAGUAAUAUUUCAAAUACUUCACCUUCGGGAGGAGCUACUGCAAAUAAGGUACCUAGCUCUAAUUUAUCACCUGAGGUUGUAUUAGCAGAUUUAAUUAGAAAUGAUCAGAUUAAAUUACCUAGUAAACUUGAUAUUCCAAGUAAAUUAGAUGAAUUUAUAUAUAGUGGAAAACCAGGUUUAACUCCAGGAGUCUCAAGUGAAGCAGGGAGGAUUCACGAUAAUUUAGAUUCCCUAAGAAAUACCUUUGCAAGAUUUGUAGAGUAUAGAUUUUAUGAAAGUACAAUAGAUAAAUCGGAUCUCAAGAGUAGGGUAUUUAUGCGAAAUUCUUUGGAAAAACUUAAAGGAUUAAAUUAUCCUACAAUUAAAAUGAAACAAUGGGAGGAAUAUCAAAAGAUGUUAAUUGAAGAGAAAAAAAAUUUGUUACUUUUUCAAAAACAUAGAAGUGAUAAUCAAUCUCUUGAUGAUGCUUGGUGUCAAACAGAACCCAAAUUUUAUGAAGAUUUCAUUAAUACUACAAUUAGAGAUAAAUUGAGUGAGCUUAAAAAUAUAAAGGAAAGUAGAAAGAUAUUAACAAAAAAAUUAAAGAGUCAAGGUUAUUUAAGUUUAUAUGAUAUUAAUGAGGCCAAAGAGGUUAUGGAUGAAAAGUUCUUAAACCAAUUUGGUUUGGGUAAUGCAUUUUUAGAUGAAUCUGAGGAUUCUGAUGAUCCAGAAUAUAUAAAAUAUGAAAAUAUACUUGAUAUUUACAAGAAUUGCUUUGACAAUAAUAAUGAGAAGGAAUUUCGUGAAUUAGUUUUUGGAAAUAUAAAAUAUAGAAAUUUACAAAAUUCCAAUUUAAUUGAUGCUAAUAAAGAUUCUAAGAAAACUCUUAGAUCGAAGUUAGUGAACUACUUAGAUGAAAAGUUACACUUUUCAGAUGUCCAGAAACCUUGGAAAUGGGAACAAGAGUUUAAAGUAUAUAUUGGAGAUAAAUCUAUAGAAAAUACAAAUGUUCGCUCUAGGAUAGAAAAAGAUAAAUAUUCCCUUAAUUUGGUUGAUAUACCAAGAGAUUUUAUUAAAGAUAUGAUAAAUAUACGUAAGGAAUAUAAAAAAGAAUUAAUUAAUAAUGAAAUUAUAAUAGAGGAGAUGAAAGGUAUUAUCAAUAACUGUUCGCAUAGGGAUGUAUGUUCAGAAGCUGCGAAAAAGCAGCUUUAUAACAUUGAUAAUAUUAAAAAGCAUAUGCCUGAAUAUUUAGAUACAAGAGAUAAUACUGAAGAGCAACAAAAUAUCAAAUGUAAAGCUUCAAAUAAAGCAGGCAAGUUUAAAAAUACUCAGAAAAAUAAUGUUGUACCACUGAAGAAAUUGAAAUCAUUAUCUGAUAAUAGCUUUGAUUCUCCAAACAUUGUAGAUGAUAACUUACAGGGUAAUUAUUUCGAAAGUAAUAGGGUUUUACAUGAUAUUAAUAUUUUAAGAAGUGCAGCUGGUGUUUUGAAUAUGUUACAAUGUUUGGAAAAGUCUCAGUAUGUACAUUAUAAUAGUAAGAAACUCAAGGAACAAAUAUUAGACGACCUGAAUGAAAAAGAUAUAAAGUUAAAUCCAGAAGAAAAGAGUGCAUUUGAUAUGGGAGUUGAGAAGGUAAUAAGGGAGAUCUUGAAUAAAAGAAAAUAA